GUUUCCUUUAAGUAGAGAGGCGACGCGAUCCACUGCACCGUUCGACGCUCACAGCACCAACAGACUUGCUUCACCAUGUCCAAGAUGUCCUUCCUGGUCGUCGUGGCCGUCGCGGCCUGCCUCGUUGCUGAAGCCUUGUCCGCCUGCCCGUCCCGGCAGCUCAACAGUUUGGAAACCCAGAUCGAAAUCUGCAGCAGGAACGUCCCAGUGCCGUACCGCGGCUCGGGUUCUUGGCAGUGGGCCCGCUACGUUAGCGGAAAGAUGGCCAAAGAACCCACAUGCAACCUGGAUAACGCCGCCGGCUACCUGCAGGGCAACUUGGAGGGCCGCGGCUACAUCGGCAAAGACGACAUAGACCGCGCCGUGAACUGCCUCAAGACCUCCAUCAGCUCUGGCAUUUGCUGCUGAGGAAUAGUCGGUUAAGGAAAUAAAUGUUGACAUGAGUCCAGAAUGGCUGCACA